AUGGCUUUCUUUGCGGAUCAAUGCUUCCCGCAGAUGGACGCAUCAAAUUCCAAUGAGUGGGUUGACUUUGAGCAAUUCCUCGACCUUCCUUCCAACUACGACGACCAAUCCACUGCCACCACUGUGUCACCUCAGGACCUGACUCUGUCCUACGACUUUGAUGGAUCUUUCAACUCAUCGCCCGAGCUCAUGGAAUCCUCAUUCGAUAUGACCAACUUUGAUCUCUCACAAGAGUUCAUGGGUAUGGAUGCAGGGUGCAUGCAGGACUCCGCUGCUCCCUUGUUCGAUGAUGCUUCGUUCCUUGAAUAUACUCCAUACGACAGCAGCAAUGCAUUCCGGAGCUUGGUCGAGGCGCAAGCCGCCGCCGACUCGCGCGUCGCCUCCCUCAAGGAGAAGCGACGCGAGGCAUCGAUUGCGCUGCAUCUGCAACGUCUCUGCGAUGCCACUGCUCGGGACUUGGACAUGUCGUCGGAAUCCAACACCACCUUUUCUUCCCCGAACUGGUCUGAAUACAUCAGUGGGAGCAUAUCUCCUCACCCUAGCCCACAUAAUACAUCUACCAGAUCUUCCUCCGAGGCUCCUCCUCCAGGGGGUAUGGAGAUGGUUCUCGACUUGAACAUGAACGCUGCGACCAAUGUGCCAAAGAAACAAAAGGCCAGAUCGCAGGAACAGAGAGAGAACUACAUCAAGGCUCGCAAGUAUGGUGCUUGUGAGAAGCACAAGAAGCAGCACAAGCGCUGCAAUUGCCUGGAGAAGGCCGCUGCCCGUGUUGCGGCCAGCGGUGUCCCGCUGAAUGCCGCCAUCCAAGAGAGAUCGAGGCAACUCACAGUACAAAAGCCAAUUCUUCCAGAAGUGCGCUCCUCAGGCACACCCGGCCACGACCCAUCAUUCAACUUUCCUCAAGCGCUUCCAACUGUCAAGGCGAUCAGGGAGCCGACAGGCAGAUCCGGACACGACCCAGCGAUGGGAGCCCCUUCUAUGGGACUACCUGUUGGGAUUCCAACCGCCAAGGCCAUUGUCAAGACCAACACCCAACAGAGCACAUCGAGUGGCGGCAUCGUUCUUCUAUCGGACGACAGCACCGCGAAGAGGGCGCCCGCACACAACAGCGCUCAAUCCGGCAAAAAGUCCUCAUCCGCCGGACACGACAGAGGACUCUCGACAAGGAACAACACAGGAUGUGGAGAACUCCACAACCCAUACAGUUCCACUGCACACCAACCAGCUGGCAGCUCGAGCGUGCGCUGGCGUUUCUCUACGUCGCCGUCGGCCAGUGUUGUGUCUCCGAACGGGACCGACACCAGACCAACGUGUUCGACGAACCAUGCGCCCCUGGAAGUUCUCCGACCCAGGCCAAGCAGCACCGCAGGCAGCGCCGGGGUGCCAGGCACAACUGCCUCCAACGUUGGAAUGCGCAGCCCUGGGCUUCAAGUCUCGGGACAAAACCACAAGAGAGUUUCGGACGGACUCGCCAAGCAGCUCGCUGUACUUUCUGGCCUACGGCUGGUUCCGAAGGAUCUUUUGGACUCGCCAACCCGGCGCGGAUCGCCAGAUCUCUACGCGGUUGUCAAGUCACCGCGACUCCUUGUCAGGUCGGCCGCUACGUGCGUUGGCCACCUGCUUUACAAUGCUGCAUCGGCGCUUGCUGGCGCCUGGCAGUCAUCAUUGGCUUUGGUCUCUGGGCCUGAGGAUUUACUCUUCAACAUGCUGUCCUCGUCCGGUCGGAAACUCAUGUUGGCGAAAAAGCGGCUGCAUCUAGUUGGACUGCGGACUGCUUUCUUCGGAUGA